UUCCAACCAUUUCCCAAGGUUUCUACUACCAGUCAGCGCCCAGUGAGAUAACUCGCGAUGAGCUCCGCGCUACAGCAAGUACCCGCAUACCAAUCGUACGGAAGGUCAUCGAGGACUUUUGCAACGCGAGUGAGCGCCUAGAACAGAUCGGUGCAAUGAUACCCACAUCGAGCGGUCUGCAGUAUUGGGUGAAGGACUCGGUGACGAUGGAGUCUAUCCUUGUCGCUGAGUGUUACUGGCUCCUACAAUUAGUGCCUGGUUAUAGGUCGCGCGUUCCUACAGAAGUGCGAGUGGCCUUCGAGGCUCUCACUACGCCUGAGCUCAGGAGCCGAGCUCUACUCCACAGUCUCUCACACUACCUGCAAUACAUCAACUGGCGACUGAUUCAGACCCUCCAGGCGCAAGGCCAAGCACUGCAGAUACAAGGAAGUAGUCUCCAACCCUCUUUCAGGGCGCCAACGAUAGUACACCAACCAGCGGCUCAGCCCAUACGGACCAUUGUACUCACCCGAGUAGGUCAUGUCUUUAUCCCUCGAGGUCCCCGUACAUCUGGCAUCCGUCCCGGAGGCGUAAGCGGCACCUAUCAAUACGAAUGGCCCGAGUCUCGUAAGCUGGCUUGGAUUUUCAUCGCUCCUCGAUCUGCGGCCUUACCUUCUCGCGCUCUGUCUGACUCGUAUUGCCGCUUCAACAGUGUUGCACUGUGGGAUCAUGUCGAUAUCCGUCGUCUUGGGCCGAACAUUCAGGUGAACCUGGUGGAAAUUGUCGCAUUCUUUCCUCGAGCAGCCUCAUCCUGGAGAGCUCUGUGGAAGCGCUUCGACGCAGCAGGCUGGACUCUCUCCAUGCUGCGCAUGCUCAUUUACUGGCAGCGAUCGCUCGGUACGGUAGACCUACGGGCUCACAGCUUUGGCAGUAUGAAGAAGCACCGAAGAGACGCUCAGAACCACCAUUGCAGUGCUGCUGGCUUCACACUCGACAGCAUUAGCACUGACCGUGUCAGUUCAAAUGUCGACUUCAACGAUCUUCGCGACUGUUUUCUCGUCAGCUUGGGUGAUGGUCUAGCACACUUCCCUCAAGGUGCGGAUCAAGGGAGGUUGACCAUCGCCGUGCUUCAUGCUCGCCGCCACAAUCAUAAUAAUGUACGACUAUCUCAAGUUGAGCAGUACAUUACCCAAGUGGGCUUGGACACGCAGUAUAAUCUUCCAGGUCCAAGUCUUGUUUCCAUCAUCCAGGCUGAUCAAGCGGCUCGCGAUCGUCUCUUCCCAGAUCAUAACUCUGAUCCGGCUCGCAGACAUGAUCCAAACUACGAUCUGAUCAGGAUGUGGUGGAGAACAGGAGGAUAUUCCCAUGAUGUCUAG